AUGCUGCUGAAACCGGCGACGCCUCUUUCCGUGCUACUGUUCGCUGCCUUUGCGCUGCUACUCCUGUCUACCCUUUCGACCCCGGUUAUCAAAGCGAUCCCGUUAGCAACCUAUCAGAAUGUCGACUUUGGGGUCUUCGGAUACUGUAGAGGAUCGCAAUGUAUUGCAGCUCGGGUGGGAUACGACACUGAAAACAUCUUUGGCACAAAUGAAGACACGGAUGGCGACUUUAACCUCCCCUCUAGCGCUCGAAACUCCCUGUCCGCCAUUUUGAUCGUACACCCCGUGGCCGCUUUUCUCACUCUAGUCUGUUUUAUCAUGGCCUUAACCUCUCACCUCCACUCACCAUCUCAUUCGCCGCGAUACCUCCUCGCUUUGUUGAUUCUUCUCUUACCGACGGUUUUGGUCAGUCUACUGGCCUUUUUAGUUGAUAUUUUACUCUUCGUACCGCAUCUACAAUGGGGAGGAUGGAUAGUACUCGCUGCGACAAUCAUUCUUGUUGCAUGCGGCGUCGUCACAUGCGCCAUGCGUCGCACACUCGUCAGUCGCAAAGCCCGCAAGAAGCUCGUGGCAGAGAAUGCAGAGAUGAGCGGCGAGAAUUUUUACAACCGACAACGCGCUGAAGCCGCAGCAGCACAACUCCCGAAAGCAGAGUCUCCGCCUCCUCUUCCUAUGAAUACAGACGCAAAGACUCCUUUGAUUAGCGCGAAUUCCCAUGCAGAAUCGGCCCCUACUUUUACAACGUAUGCUUCGAGUCGCACGACCGAGGAUGGAUCAGGAGUUCUGCUUAAUGGUGGAGAUGACACUGCUUUCUACCAUCAGUCUGCUCGACCUAUGCGACCGGGUUACCAAGGACCACAAAAUGAAUACGGCAACCCCAUGCCACCUGCAGUAACGGGAGCAGCUGCUGUCGAAGCGGGUAUGAUGAUGUCGAAUUCUGAUCGAACUUUGCAGAACCAAUAUUCCGAUGGCAGUCUUGGCUCUCGAAGAGGAUACGGCCCUCCUGGACAGCCACCACGAGGUCGUGGCUAUCCUCCUCGAGGUGGAUAUGCACGAGGAGGACCCCCUGGUCCUUAUGGCGGUCGUGGACGUGGACCCCCACCAAACGGCCGAGGUGGUUCUAUGCGAGGUGGAAUGAGAGGUCCUCCUCCUCCUGGAGCCGUUCCUUAUAAUCGUGGACCACCCCCAGGAUAUCCUCCUCGACGUGAUGGACCAGGUGGAUAUGACCAGUAUGGAGCAGGAAUGAACCGUCGACCAUCAGAUGGCGGACCAUACGGGCCUGCACGCAGCAAUUCGAGCAAUUACUCACGACCUUACGGUCCUGGGCCAGUACGCAAUCUAUCUGCUUCACAGCCCAAUCUACCUGAAAUGGGCGACCCUGGUGCAAUUGAAAUGAUGCCACAAUUCAGUGAGCCGAAUUUACGUGUUCGCAAUGUAGCUGAUACGUCCGAACCACAGCGACUUUCUAAUAACGAGUCUCUUCCAAGUCCGACCAGUGUAUACAGCACCGAACAUUAUGUACCACCGCGAGCUGCAUGGACACGCGGUCCCGAGCGUGGCAUGAACAAUAGUCCCGCUCACGCACGUCGAGGAUCAAGUGGUCAUUACUAUGAAGAUAUUGAGCCACGAUUUGCAGAGGAUCCCGCACCACCCUCCCUGAAUGGCGGCGUACCCUCGGUGCUUAUGGCAGGAAGAUCAGCUGGUGAGAUACCUCACUCUUCACCAUCACCACCACUACCACCACCUUUGAAAAUCCCUGGCGAAAAUGUCGGUGAUCUUGGACCUGGCUCACCAGCUAUUAGCGAUAUAAGUCAAACCAGUCAUUUCACCUCGAUAUCGGAACGACCUAUAAACCCGAAAUGGCAAGCACCUCCUCCUGCUCCCGGACCGGGGUCGACGGCGAAUCGAGGACCGCGAAUGCAGGAUAUGUUGCUUGAAGGAAACCCAGAUUUUGAGCUUCCUGGUUCAAGCUUGCGAGGUCGAGGUCGUGGCGGAGGGGGAUCCAGGUAUGGUAGAGGAACUGGCCGGAUGACCCCUGUGAUUGAGCAUGCGGGAAGUCGAUAUCCGUUGUGAUUGACCAUCUUUCGUUUUUUUGUUUCUUUCUUGGCGCGUAUAUCACUUUCAUUUAUUUUAUUUUGUUUUCUUGCUUUCUUUCUUUCUUUUUUUUU